CGAAAGGACAUGGACUGGAAUACAAUUGGGAAAUAUCAUGUCCUGUCGCAACAUACGUGGUCCCGAGCAGUUAGGAACAUGAAUGCACAUACCAUCACACAUAUAAUUCAGAAUUGUGUACCCGACAUUUUGUCACUACAUAACGAGAACACACGAGUCACAGUUUUCUGAUCUGGAUCUGCGACCCAGCAACAUCAGCGGAACCGACAGUCAAGUCGCGAUCACCCUAACAGACCAGCAAAUAUGAGAACAGAUAGAACAGAGUUGUUGUGUGUGUGUCUUUUUUUCUGGCGCCCAUUGACCAACCCACCUCCAGCAUGACUUUGAGUGAGGUCCUGCCCAUGAUUGCCGGCUCAAUGUCCUUGAGGGGCAGGUUCGCAUAUAGCGCACAGUACUUGAGCACGUCGAGCAGGGCAUCGCUCUUGCGGAACCGACGCACCACCUGCUUCCCUUCGAAGCGGAAUCGCAUCUUCACCGACUCCGGGUCAGACUCUAAGCGAGACAACAGCCACCCAUCCAAGAAAAGACACAGCAUAACGCCAUCCCUUCUUCCAUGACCUUGUGGCUCUGCAGGUAUCUCAGUCGGAUCCACUUUCUCGUAGUGCUUGAGUGCCUCGUCAGCCAUGAGGUUGUCCGGGUCGAGAUCGAUGGGCUCGUCCUCCCUUCCCUCAUCCCCGUAUUCCUCCGAGACCCCCUUGUUGCUCUUCCCCCCACCCGGUGGUACCAUGCCGUUGGCCGUAGCCCCGGGCGCAUUCGCAGCUGAGACACUGGCGUCCUGGGAGCCGACACCUGUGACCUCCGGAGGGCAUACGUUGCUUGCUGCAGAAGUACCCUGAGGAAUGGAUGAACAAAAAGUUCACUGUUGAUGCACAUGCAAACUUCGGUUUCUGCAAGUCAGCUGUCUCGCCUGUGGUUUAAAAUCUGAUCCGCUGCGGUGCAAGUUGUUCUUGUCGAGGAAUGAUGUCACUGGGCAAGGCAGCGAAACAGAAGCGUAAUGUGCGUGAUAAGUGUCGGUUCAUGCAUAUCUGUGUAACCUACGGAAGUCUGCAGCAGCCACAGCCGUGCUGAACUUCUUCGGCUCCCACGACUGUACCUGUCGUCCUGUCCGCGGAUCUAACACAGCUAUCACGGGAUACGAGCGAGGCUGCAACGCACAAAGCAAAUUUGUGAAUGAGUGUCGUGCAUUCUUGACUUCUAGACGACCGGAUAUCGCUGGAUGAAGAGUUGGCCCUCAGCGGUGUCAGAGGGACGCUGGAAGCCAAUCACAAAGCGUGAAGAUAUCCGCUGGAUAUCAGUGGAUGCCGUGAGGUAUCAUCUUCACCUGCCAGAAUAUAAACGAACUCUGGAUAAUGUCCUUGACCGUCUCAUCAGACCACACAUCGCGAUUCAACUGAAUCCGACCAGAGAAAAUGUUGCCAUCCUGUUGCCUGCAUUGCUGCUUCCACUACUCACCUCGAGCGACAGGAAUUCAUCGUGUUUCUGUAUGUUUACCAGCACCCACUUGUCCUGACGUUUGGCCUCCUCCAGUGCCUAAUCAGCGACUCACAUGAAGACAGCGCCAGUUCACCGAGCUUCUCUUUACCUUUGUCGGGGCUUACCGUUUUGAGGUCCGAUACGUACAGGAGAUCCUUCGGGGGUCGGAACAUCUGACCCCAGGCUGAUUACCACAACAAUGCAGACAGGAUGAGAUGUGAAUGCAUGUCAGUGCUAGCUACUAGGAUUUACCCUCCUCUCCUGGGUUGGCCGGCUCUCCAAAGUUCAUCAUGGCGUCCAGAGCCACUGGCAAAGUACACACGACCACAGAGGUGGAUACGGACGUACACGGCGUCUGAUCGCUCACUGUCUGCUGCUCGAUUGGCUUCCAUGCCCAUCCGAUGCGGGCCAGAAUCUGCUACAAUGCCAAGGCACGUGAGCGAACAUUGGUCGGUUUUGGUCCAGGGAGAUUCCUGUCUUACCGAUGAGUCUAUCCCUGUAUUGAGGCAUGGGUGCCCUCACGUCGUCCUCGUCCACCAUUCCCUGCGCGUCAGCCAGCAGUUGUGGAGGUAUGUCAUCAUCCGCUAUCCUGCCGCGGCCGUCACCACCAUUCACUUGUCCUCCCGCCCGCUGCUGCUCCAUCGAUGAGAGCACUUGUCGGAGAGCCGAAGGGAUGCCGGCGGGGACGGCAGACGCCGCAAGAUCGUGGGGACCCCGAACACUGGAAAUUGCAUGCACCAUCGGUUGCGGCAUUGAUUGGACUGGCGCGCGCGUCACAUGAUCUCUCUCACCCAGUCAUCUGCACGUCGUCAUCGUCGUUUUCGCGGUGGUUGGCUGCCGAGUUUGCCUCGAGAACAGGGGCUGCAGGAGAGGGACCGCCAAUCGAGUACUCGAAGUACAACUGCACAGCACGCUCGGGAUCACCACCGCUCAUCUAACCAACGAUGGAAGACAACACGAGUGGACAAAGGCUCCGCGAGUGGCGUAACGUGCGGUUUCUCACCUCGAGAUAGUGAGCGGCAGCAUCUUGCUGAGCACCUGUGACGUCCAUCACAAAGCAACCACAUCAUGGAGAUAUGCAUCACUGCCCUACGGAUCCCACCUGUGACUUGCAUGACGGUGGCAACGGGAUCAGGCUCUUCUUGCUCCAUAGCUACCCUG